CUUUCCGCUUCCUUUGCGUGUUGUUGAGUGCAGCCAUCUUGGUUUGGCUUGGCGCUUUCUUGUACUCGUAAUACAAUUUUGGCGAGUAAUGUUUGAUGUAACUGUUGUGUUGAUACUGGAAAAUUGUGAUUAGUGGACGAAACUAGUUAAAAACGAAAUAAAAUGGAUCCUGCAAAGAUGAAAGUAGUGGAUCUAAGGUCGGAGCUUGGCGCUCUCGGUUUAGAUACCAAAGGGAACAAGCCGGCUUUAGUUGAAAGAUUGAAGAAAGCGCUAGAAGCAAUAUCAGGAAAAGCGUUACCUGACACAUCAAUCUUAGACACAUCUACAGAGGAUUCAGAGGGCUCCACUCCACGGAGGCCUGUCCCUGCGCCGCGAACGACAAGGAGGUCCUCGUCAUCUCGCCUUCUUGCUACCCCUGCUAAGGCAACUCCACCACCACGUGAAGAGCCACCAGAGCCCAUUCCGGAGGAACCAAAGCCAUCCGAGCCAUAUUCUCCGAGCCAGGAGGACUCUGAGUCUGACACGGCACUCUUAGACACACCUGCAGAGAAUGCGGACGCAGCCACUGCGCAGAAGCCUCGACCUGCAGCGCGAACGACACGAAGGUCCUCGUCAUCUCGCCUGCUCGCUACACCGGCUAAGGCAACUCCACCACCACGUGAAGCACCACCAGAACCCAUUCCAGAGGAACCAAAGCCGUCAGAACAAUAUUCUCCGAGCCAGGAGGACUCUGAGUCUGAUACGGCACCACCAGUAGAACCUGCUAAGGUGGAGCCUGUGGCUCAGCCCAAGGCGAAGGAACCGGAACCAGAGCCUGAGCCAGAACCAGCUCCAGUAGUCGAGGAGAAACCAGCUCCUGUAGAAGCUGUUGCUGACCCAGAACCAAUGGAAGUCCAAGAAAGUUCAAACACAGAAGAAACUAAGCAAGAUGUUGAAGAACCUGCCUUAGAGAAGGAAGCACCAAUAGUUGAAGAGCCAAAGAAGGAUGUUGAAGCAGCUCCAGAAGCCCCUGAAGAUGAGAAAAUGGAGGAAGGAAAUGAGGACAAAGAUAAAGAUGAAGAUGAGAGAAUGGAUCAAGAUGAAAGAGGGAACUUUGAUGAUGAGGAGCAGCGCGAGGAAGAAGAAUGGGACAGUCUAAACGAAAGACUAAAAGUUCGUGAACAGGAACGCCUCGAGAGGGAGAGAAAGCAGGCUGAGGAAGACGCCAAACGAAUGGAGGAAGUCAGCAAUGACCCUAUCAAGCUAAAUCGAUUGAAGCGAAAGCAGGAAAAGAAGGCGCGCUGGAGCAACUUCUACAGGACUGUAGAGGUCACUAACGAAGUGCUCUCAUUGCCUGAGGAGGCGCAAUCUAAUAAGGACAGAAAGGAGUUUAUUGAUAUUAAGAUUCCUGAGCCAGAGAUUGAUGAUAAUAAAAUAACACUUUCAUGGUACGACAGUGACUUAAACCAGUACCUAGAAGUACCGGAACUGAACAGCGUAGUGCCGCUGAGCGAGGGAGCCUUCGCCUACGCGUGGGCCGGCGCUCGCGCCAGCCACGGCGUGGAAACAGGGAAAGUCUGCUACGAGGUUCGAGUCGGUAACGUGGCGACACCUAGCGAAGGCUUGGAGAAGGAACCCAUCAGUUCUGGACUAAGAAUAGGCUGGUCUACGGAAGACUCCUCUUUACACUUAGGUGAAAGUGAAUUCAGCUGGGGCUACGAAAGCUCAGGGCGCGCUGUCUCCAACAGCGAGUUUAAGGAAUACGGAAAACCGCUCUCGGAGAAGGAUGUUGUCGGGGCUUACUUGGACCUAGAAUCGAGCCCCUGCAAGAUAUUCUACACGUUAAACGGCGAGGAGCUGGGCACAGCGUACGAGUUCGACAAGAGCGUACUGACCGGCCGGCCGCUGUUCCCACACAUACUCACCAAGAACACCUGCUAUAAAGUCAACUUUGGUUAUGAGAGAUACACCAUGCUCACUAAAACAAAGACUGUACGUAAGCGUAUGGAAGUUCCAGUGGAACAAGUUUUAGAGGAGAAGAGGAAGAUAGAAGCAGAGCUGCAGAAGCAGAAGGAGGAAGCCGCGCAGAGGGAGCGCGACCGAAGGGAGAAAGAAAAGAAGGAGAGGGAAGAACGGCAGAAGAAGAAGAAAGAGGAACGCGAAAGGCAGGAGCGUGAAAAGAAAGAAAAAGAAGAUCAAGAGAAGAGAGACAGAGGCGAGGAGGUGACAGAGCAGGAAGAUGGUGAGAAGGCUGAGGCUCAGGAGGAUGGUGACAAGGAAAAGGAGAGCGAGGACAUUAAGGAUGAACCAGAGAAAGACAAAGAGCCUAAGGAAAACGGCGAGAAAACCGAUGAACAGCCAAAAGUAGAAGCUGCUCCUGAGCAAAUGGAGACGGAACUGACUGAAGAUAAUACUGAAGAACCAGAAAUCAAGGAAGAAGCUUGCAAUGAAGGCGAAAUCCCCGAAGUGACGGAAGAGGAAGUCCUGAAAGGGCAUGUAUUAGACAAGAGAAUCAAAUUCGUUAUUAGAUACACGGUGGAGGAGGAGUUGGACGGUCCGGAAAUAGAGUUACUGUCGGGCUACCAGCUGCUGCGAUACGCCGCGCUCGUGGCCGGGCCCAAGCGACCCGACACCGUCGGACAGUGCGAGGUGAUCCUCAUGGUGGGCAUGCCGGGCUCGGGCAAGACGUACUGGGCCAAGCAGCACGCGGCCGACAACCCCGAGCGGCGCUACAACAUCAUCUCCACCGGCGCGCUCUUCGACCGCAUGAAGGUGGACUGUAAGCCCUUCCGCGCCAGCUACGACGGCAGGUGGGACGCUAUGGUGUCCAAAUGCGCUAAAUGCGUGCUAAAGUUGUUGGAAAUCGCCAAGGGACGCAAAAGGAAUUUUAUACUCGACCAGACGAACGUAUACCCGUCGGCCCAGCGACGCAAGUUGAGGGAAUUCGACGGUUACCGGCGGAUCGCGGUCGUGAUCGUGACCGACGACGAGACCUAUCGCGACCGGCAGAAACGGCGCGAGGAGCUCGACGGCAAGGAAGUGCCCGACGGAGCCGUCGUGGACAUGAAAGCCAACAUCACGCUGCCGGCGCGCUGCUCGUGGCUGGACGAGGUGCGCUACCCCGAGCUGGGCGAGGACGCCGCGCGCCUGGCCGUGGACGCGCUGCACCGCGAGGCGCGCGCCGCCGGCGUCUGCCGCGACCAGGCGCGCCGCGCGCCCGAGCCGCCCGCCAAGCGCCGCCGCUCCGCCGAGCGCCGCAAGGGGCCCGAGCGCCUCGAGCGCGCCGAGCGCCGCCGCGACUUCCCCAAGGAGCGCGACGAGCGCUGGGGCUCCGGCCGCUGGGGCGCCGCGCGCGGCUCGCGCUGGGGCCCGCGCGACGCGCGCCUGCCGCCGCCGCCCAACCGCUUCGACCGGCCCUGGCCGCAACCGCCCACCACGCGUGGCGACUUCGGUCGCGGAGGGGCGCGCGGGGCCCGCGGAGGCCGCGGCGGACCGCCUGACCGCUUCAGUCGCGAGAGGCCGCACCGGCCCAACGACCGUAUGGACAAAAGGCCGCACCAACCUGGCAACAACAACGGCGCGGGUUCGUGGCAGCGCGGCGGGCGCGGGGCGCUGCAGCCGCCGCGCGCGCAGCAGCCCGCGCAGCAGCGGCCCGGCCCCAACAACAUGAAGGAUGGUCAGAAUCAGAACCAGAACCAAAAUCAACAGAACCAACAGGGUUGGAACCAGUGGCCCGGCGGUUGGGGAGGCUGGGGAAAUUGGAACCAGAACCAAGGUUGGGGCAACUGGGGUAACUGGGGCAACUGGCAGCAGCAGCAGGGCGCGGGCGCGGGCGCGCAGGCGGGCGCCGGCAAGCAGCAGCCGCAGCAGCAGCAGCAGCAGUGGCCCGCCAACUACUCCGCGCAGCAGUGGUACCAGUGGCAGCAGUGGCAGCAGCAGCAGCAGCAGGCCUGGCCCGGGUACCAACAAGGGAACCAAGCAGGAAACACGCCCGAUGCACAAGCGUGGGCGCAGUACUAUCAGAACUACGGCAGUGGCAACGCGAAUAACGCAAAUAACGCAGUGUCGGGCGGCGACAAGAAGUGAUCCUUACUGGCGAGCGACACUCGUCACCGCGCGGCCCCCGCGAUCUUAUAGCCUCCGCCCACCGUAGUCGCGAACUACAGUGCUCAAACAGAGACGGGAAAAUCCUCAGUGUUCAGUGUCGUGCUAACUAUAUCAAGACUUAUCCGUAAUCAAAUUCACUACAAACCGAGGAUAUCUUCCUUAUUCCUUAUCCUAAGGGACUCAUCUCAAAAUUGGACUAUCACCCUCCGGUUUCAAAAAGGCUGGUCCAUGUCUUUUAUGCUGCUGGUCUUUUAUCAAAAGAAAUGUGAUUGUUUGAUCAAAAAAAAAAAAAAUUAACCAGUCACUAUUCUCAAUUAAGUGACAACCUUUAUUUUGAUUGGUCGUUCAGAAACUGGGGCCUAGUGUUGUAAUGUCACCAAAUCGUAUACAGAUUGACAAUGCAAAGGUUAAAUAUAAAUAAAAUAUUAAAAAUAAGUUUGGAAUGUCGACGGAAAAUCAAGUUGUAUGAGAGUCACAGUGAGCUUGAAACUGAUGUAUGAUAUUAGGUUACUCAAAUAAGAUAGCUUCUAAUGUUCAUGUUCCCCUGAAGUUUUAGGAUAUACUUAUAGAUGAGGUCAAAGAAUGCACAUAAGUAUGAACCUUCAGUCCUUCUUAAUAAGAGCGUUUAUUUCAAUGCAUGUGCAAAGUGAAUACUUUGUUAUUACUUUAUUUUGCCUUUGCAUAGUCGUAGCAAUCAAUAUUAGUUAAAAUGUUCAGGUUUUGUUAUUUCAUAUUUAAUUGUUUCUCACUGUGUUGUUUUACUUUUUAUGCAAAUCGGCUAGGGAAUACAUUUGUAAUUGAUGUAACACAUUGAAACAAGAAUCAUUACUAUUAUUAAAUUUGUUUGUCAGAAAUCUUUGACUAUCAUGUAAAGCAAACAUUAUUGUGUAAUGUUAAAUAUUAGUAAAUUAAGAAAGGCAAAUUAAAUUAACUUGUAUAUUGUAACUGAUUAGUUUAAGAAGAUUAUCUUGCAUGACUACAAACAAAAUGAAGAGAUACAAAAAUGUUUGUGAAAAUUAAGUAUGUUUCAAUGUUGUUACAUAAAAUAGUAUUGUUUGAUUUUACUCAAGUGUGGGUGCAGUGUUGUAGAAACACUGUAUACAAAUACCAAUUAGGUAUAGAAUUAACUUUUAGUUAUUUUUUAGGUAUAUCUAAUAUAAUCGGGGGGUUAGUAAGUAAUUGUAAUUUAAUUAAUGACUAAGUUACAGUUAGUAACUAGGACUAGAUUGUGUGAGAGAGUGAAUGUUAAGCUUAUAGCUUCUUGUACAAAUGUUUUAGUGAAGUGUGGGUUCGAAGGUCACUACUGAUAAUGAUUUAAUAAUAAAAUGUAUUCAAUAAGGA